GAUAGGUCGAUAUUUCGAUAUUGCGAAUAAAGGCGCAGGCGUAAAACAAGCGAGAAAUUAUACGCGAAACACGUCGACGCAGUACAUUGCUGAGGACGAAGUUGUCCCAAAAAGGACCUGCCCUUAACGAGCGACGAAGAGGAACGUCAGUCGGGCGCGCUCUUUCUCUCUCGAUACAUCACUGGUUACAACUCGCCGCCCGAUUGGAGGACGAACAUUGCAUACACACGGAGUAUAAUAUAUAUACGGUGUGCCCACACCAUCGAGUACUAUCGGCGUGCGUACGUCGACACAGAACACGCCGUGAAAACGCAGAGACGAGGACGAGGGGGCAGGCAGAGGGAUAAUGAGGGCGAAGGGACGAGACAAGUAUUUAGCCGCUUUUUCACAUAUGGACGGUCCGGGCACAAUUACAUGGGAAGAGUUUCUCGAGAAUGCAAAAAGAUUUCUUGUUGUCUCAAACAAGAUAUCGGAUGGAUGGGAGCUUCGCGGGAAUAAGCAUAUUCCUGGAGAAGCGUAUUUAUUUAGAAGAACCAAAUCUUUCGAGUCGAGCGACUCCGCUAUGAGAGACGACAAAUCAACCGACAACGACGAGGAAUUACACGUGAAAUUUCAGGAGGAUCCGCACGAGGCUUGUUCCACAAUUGAAACGCCUUUCAUCACUGAGCAUCAUAUUUUGUGGUCCAUGAAUUUCGGCGUUCCAGUUUUCUACUUUAAUAGAUGGAAAUCAGAUUUCCCCGGUAUUAACCCAAUGAGCGUAAAUGAAGCUCAAACUGAUUCCAAAUUAAAUUACAUGGAAUUAUCGCAAGCGAUUCAUCCUAUCAUCGGCACUCCGUUCUUGCAAUUACAUCCGUGUCUUUCGCAAGAUUUGCUGCAAAGUAUGCCGAUGAGCAAGAAUAAACUUGUCAGUUGGCUGAGCUGCGUAGCAUCCGCGGCCAUAAAUCUCCAAAUACAUCCGGAAUAUUACAAGCUGACUUACUGAAGAGUCUAGCCGUCUUAAACUGUCAAAGAAACAAUAAACUUUUAAAUCGCAAA